AUGACGUCACAACUUAGGAAGGCAGUACCAUUAUCCGUGCUGCGAAAUACCAAAUAUCGUUCACGAGUGAUGGAGGGCGUGCAGCCAGUUGUACCUAACACUGGAAACAAUUUUGAAAUUAUCAUCAUAGAUGAUGGCAGCCCGGAUGGGACACAGGAAAUUGCUGAACAAUUGGAAAAGAUAUAUGGAUCAGAUAAAAUACUUCUGAGACCCAGAGCAAGAAAGUUGGGCCUCGGCACUGCUUAUAUUCAUGGAAUGAAGCACGCCACUGGGAAUUUUAUUGUUAUUAUGGAUGCUGACCUCUCUCACCAUCCAAAAUUUAUUCCAGAGUUUAUCAGAAAGCAGAAAGAAGGCAAUUUUGAUAUUGUAUCUGGAACAAGAUAUAAAGGAAACGGAGGAGUAUAUGGCUGGGAUUUGAAAAGAAAAUUAAUCAGUCGUGGUGCCAAUUUUAUAACUCAGGUUUUGCUGAGACCAGGUGCAUCAGACUUAACAGGGAGUUUCAGGUUAUACAGAAAAGAAGUCUUAGAGAAACUAAUGGAAAAAUGUGUUUCUAAAGGAUACGUCUUCCAGAUGGAGAUGAUUGUUCGGGCUAGACAGUUAGGAUAUACUAUUGGAGAGGUUCCUAUUUCAUUUGUGGACCGUGUCUAUGGAGAAUCUAAACUGGGAGGCAAUGAAAUAGUCUCCUUCUUAAAGGGACUCUUGACCUUGUUUGCUACAACAUGACAGUUUAUUCCUAAAUUAACUUUUUUUGAAAAACAUUUUCUGACCUGUGUGGUUUUUAAUAUAUAAUAGCAGAAGCUUGAUAAUUUGUGUGGUGACCAGAAGACCUGCUAUAAACUAACAAUUAAAUGAACCACCAAUAAUAAACUAAAUAUAUUGUAUCCCAAAAUGCUCCUUUCAAAAUAAAUGAACUGUAUAUUAAACUAAAAACUAAUAAAGACUAAUGCUCUAUUCUAUUUUUGUAAAAAUAACGAAGUCUUAAUAAAGAACACAAAGCUAAAUGAUCUUUUGCAUUUAGAAAUGAAUCAUUAUUCAGCAGAAAGUAAAGAU